CUCUCUGAGCAUGUGCAGUAGCAGUGAGUGACGCAGUCGAUCAUAGGACAGGCCUGACGUCAGAGACCUGGGAGGAGGCGGUGACGGCGGCGUGAUCUUUAGCCCAGCUCGGCAACAAGGAAGAAAGCAAGACCUUAUUGGGAAGGAUUUUUACGUGCUUUCCCAAGUGUAACAGAAUUGCACGAUGGCGUUGGUGAAAAGUGGAUGGCUGCUCCGGCAAAGUACUAUAUUACGGCGUUGGAAGAAGAACUGGUUUGACCUCUGGUCUCAUGGCCACUUAUUAUUUUAUGAUGACCAACAUCGGCAGGAUCUCGAGGAUAGAAUCCACAUGAAAAUUGACUGCACCAACAUCAGAGUGGGAAACGAAUGCCGAGGUUUCCAGCCUCCAGAGGGGAAGCCCAGGGAUUGCUUGCUGCAGAUCAUUUGCCGUGACGGGAAAGUGCUCAGCCUCUGUGCAGAAAGUGCUGAUGACUGCUUGGCUUGGAAAAUUGCUCUCCAAGAUGCCAGAACAAAUGGGGCCUACAUUGGUUCUGAAGUGAUGUACGAUGGCAAUACAAUUUCCUCUGCUCCCCCUCCAUACACGGCUUAUGCUACACCAUCACCCGAGGUAUAUGGCUACCCACAGUACAAUGGUGCAUAUCCACCUCCAGGAGCUCAGGUCUUCUAUACUUCCAAUGGGCAGACAUAUGCACUUCCUUGCCAAUAUCCAAGCCCAGGACCCUAUGGCCAGCCUCCUGCAAAUCAUGUCAUCAUCCGAGAGCGUUACCGGGAUAAUGAUGGAGACCUUGCGUUGGGGAUGCUUGCUGGAGCAGCAACAGGAAUGGCCCUAGGCUCAUUGUUCUGGGUCUUCUAGCUUUUCUCUGGAGCCACAAAAUGAGGGAGAUCUUACAUCUUCAUCUGUUCUGUGUGCAAUUAUAUAUAUAUUUGCAAAGUACUCCUGUUUGAUCUACAGAUUUUUAAUAUGUCUAGAAAUACUUUUGUUAGUGACAUACCAGAACUGUAGUUCACAAAAUCAUCCCAAAGGUGCACUUUAGUGGAAAUGGUUAACAUAAUGCCUCAUGGUCAGAUGAGUUUACGAUUCUAUGCAUUGAUAAAUAAGCAGCAGUAAUAUCGAUGAAGUGUUACUAUUGAAAGAUAAAUGGACACACUUAUUUUUACAGUUUAUAUAUUAAGAAAAUUAGCGCAGCGAGUGUCUCAGAAUGCGAAGUGCAAAACAGGGCAGCACACUAAGAGCAAAAUACCCUGGAGUUAGGAAUCCAUUGUUGGGUUUUUAAAAAAAAAAACAACACUCCUUGAAGACAAAGAUGACAGUUCAAUGAACGCUCCGUGGAAUCCAUUGGAUGCUGGCUGGGAGAAUUGCAUCACAGCAUAUACUGCUUUACUGUCCAAGCUCUUCCCAAAGGCUAAGCAAUAAAGCCUUUUGACUUUUCAUUUCUCCUCAGUGUAUUUGCAUCUACAUUUGAAAGGUGGAAAGGAGUUUGAUCAUCAUGCAAACGUUUCAGUGUCCUAGAAUUCACAGCUCUGUUUCACUCCUAUUGUAUUGGUGACAGAUUGAGAGAGAGUCAUGUGUGACCCUUCUAUCCUCAGGCAUUUUUGUAAGGGCAGGUAGACUCUUGGUGAGGGUAGUCCAGUCUUGGUGUGAAAGCCCUAUCCAGUAACUAAUGAGAACAUCAUGAGAGGUGCUAUGCUCAUACUAGAUGUAAUGUGUUUGAAAAGGUUUUCUAAAAUUUUGGUUGUAGAUGUAUGAACAUUUUACAUAUAUAAUCGAAGCUUGCACAAAAUGAUUCAUCUAUGAUCAUGCUGUGGCCUGGUUCACACAGUUGUUUUAACCUAGAUUUAACAUGGGUUACCAACAUUUACAUGAUUGUGCAAACCGAUGCCAAGGUGGGAAUCUCAGAUUCAUCUCAGGCCAAAAGCCACUUUGGUAUGGGAUCAUAUAAUCACACUGAUGUUGGUAACCCACAUUAAACCUAGAUCUUAAUGAUUGUGAGAACCAGGCUACUACCUUCCAAAGAUGUAUCCCUGUCCCUGGCAGGUUGCAAAACGAUCUGUUCUCAGUUGUUAAGUCUGUUACAUCUGCACAGUCCAGUCUUCUACUUGACCAGCCUCACUUUCUGCUCUGACACAUAAUUCUGCAGGUUGGGAAAAUGAGGAAGCUCAUUCAGUAUGAAGUAAUUAUUUUCUGUGGUGCAAGGGUGCCAAAGCUUUGUUCUUAGUAUACAAACAUGAAUACUUUAUUAUGUAUUCAGUGCUUGUGCAUCCUUUUAAAAAUCUGGGAUGUAUAUAAGACCGUUCAAAGCAUCUUUGGUCUGUGCUGGGCUCUCUGACAAACUUGAAUGCAUUAGCAGCACCAAAUUAGGAUGACUCCAAUAGUGCUGGUUGCUAUAAUUGCAAAUACUAACACAAUAUAUUGUGUUCCUAUUGAAACAGGAUAGGUUAAUUUUGGGUGGGGCAAAGCCAAUGAAGGAUAUAGAAGUCUCAAUACAGGAUAUUGGCUUCUGUGAGCCCUGUAUUAAAUGUAUGCUACUGUUUGUGGUAGUGGUGGGGACAUAUGUACCAGCUGAUGAAACUUAAUGAGGUGUUUUUGUUGCAACUAACACCUGUUGAAUUUGAAAGUGUGUGCGCUUAAAGUAAUAAAACCUGCUGAGAUGAUUUUUUUUUACAAAUGGACUAUGUUGCAAUCCAGGACAUUUCAAAUGAAUGGUACUGUGGACUGAAAAAAUUAACUGAUGCUUUGGUCUGGGGCCCUCAUUUUACUACACAUGCAAGUAUGUUUGAAGCCUUGAAGUUACUACAAAGCAAAUCACGUAAUAAAAGCAGUACAAGCUUCUGCUCUGAUUUGUAAUUUGUCUAGCAUUUUAAAAGUCAAUUUCUUUUGUGCUGCUGUGUACUAUAUUGAAUUCCUACUUUCUAUGUAUUUGUAUUUCGUGAUAGAUGAACAAAAUAAAUUUAGUCUUGGAA